AUGGUAGUAGAAAACCUUAGCAGAACAAACGGACGAACUUUAGUAUAUUUUGUAUUAUCAACUACCGCCAGUCCUCUUCAAUAUGACGGGAAUCAUAUUGGUGCUCAUGGCGAUGCAACCUAUGAAUAUGUCGUGGUCGGCGGUGGAACUGCAGGCUUGACAAUUGCCUCAAGACUAGCUGAAUUCGCAUCAGUUGCAAUCAUAGAAGCCGGGGGCUAUCACGAAGUCAGCUACGGUAAUGCCAGCGUAGUGCCGUUGUACUCUUUGACUAAGAUCGACGUCAUCGAUCCAACUUCUACCUUUCCACGGCGCCCUGAAAUCGAUUGGGAACUUCUGACCGUGCCUCAAACAAACGCUUCUCGGCAGAUAGUGCACUAUGCCCAGGGAAAGACUCUCGGAGGCUCGUCUGCCUUGAAUACAAUGUCAUAUCUUCGCUCGACGAAAGGGGCAUAUCAGCGAUGGAUAGACGAAGUCGGGGAUGACAGUUACAUAUUCGAAAUAUUGUUGCCGUUCUUCAAGAGAUCGGUGCGCCUGGCUCCACCAAAUCUCGCCCUGCGCGACGCAUCCAAUGCGACCCCGGAGUAUGAUUUGACGGCAUACGGGCCUGGAUCUCCGUUGAACAUCUCCUGGAACAACUGGGUCGACCCAACACUCACCUGGCUAGCAAAAAGCGUUCAAUCAAUUGGCCUGCCUGUGAACUCAAAAGGUUUCAGCAGCGGAGAGUUGGACGGCGGCGCUUGGUUGCCGUCCACGAUUGACCCGGCGCACGCUACACGGGAGUCCUCACAAACAUCGUUCCUGGAUCAUGCCAUCGCAAAUGCCGGUAUUAAAGUCUACCCUUGGACUAUAGCCACAAAAGUUAUUUGCGACGGAAAAAAAGCGACGGGCGUUAAUGUUACUACAAACGGAACACAGUAUACCUUGAGUGCAACGAAAGAAAUCAUCGUCUCCGCCGGAGUGUUCAACAGUCCGAAACUGCUGAUGUUAUCAGGUAUUGGGCCGCAAGAAACCCUGAAGUCAUUCAACACUUCUAUUGUCGCAGAUCUUCCUGAGGUUGGACAAAACCCUCCAGGAUCCGCGAGAAGCUCUACGCCAGUACCAGAAGACGCAGCCGGCUCAUACAGCUCCGCCCCUGGGUAUAUUUCUUACGAACGCCUCCCAACUGAUUUGCGGGAAACCCUUGCUUUGGGCUCUAUAAGCGCAACGAGAACGAGAACGUUCUUUUGGGGUAGUGUUACCCUCACAAGCUCUAAUUACACAGAUAACCCCGUGAUCGACCUGGGCUGGUUCAGCAACGCGGCCGAUGCCGAGGUUCUGAUUGCUGGCAUCAGGCGCUUACGUCAAGCCUGGGGAUCUGAAGCUGCGCUUUCGAUUCGACUUGGGACAGAGGUCCGUCCCGGCGUCAGCGUUCAAACAGAUGACGAGAUCUUGAAUUACAUUAAGAACAAUACAAACACGAUUUGGCAUGCGAGCUCAACAUGCUCUAUGGGAAGUGCAGGAAACCCCAAAGCAGUGGGGCUAAGAGUGGUGGACUUAUCCAUCAUUCCAUAUUCCUCGCCAGGUCACCCUCAAGCUACUGUAUAUGCACUUGUAGAAAAGCUUGCAUCUGAUAUCGAAUCAAAUCAUUGA